UGCUCGAGAGCGCAGCUGUUGCUGUGAGGGGGGGCUGAUGAGCAAAGAGUAGGCGCCAUGAUGUUCGUGGUGAUGAACGGUGGUGGCCCGGCCCCAGGGCAGAACUUCGGGCCGGUGGGCCCGAGGCCGGACGUGGGCUUCUCCGGGCCCGGCGGCGGCCGACCCAGUUUGGGCCCCAGCUUGGGAGCUGGCCCGGGGCCAGGCCCAGGCCCAGGCCCAGGUCCAACCCCCGGCCCAGGUCCAGCAGGUCCGGGGCCAAAGGGCCCAGAAGGCCCUUUCAUGCGAGGCCGUUCUGGCCCCGGCCCCGGCCCGGGCUAUGCGCCCCGUCCUGGUGGGCGUCCUAACCCCGGCCAAGGCGGCUUCGGUCCGAGUAACCAAACUGGAGGUCAGGACCAGGUGUCGUACGUGCCAUGCAUCAUCCCCAUGAGCCAGUGGGCGCAAAUGCAGUCCUCUGGUGCUGUGCCCUUGGCCUACGUGGAUGCGGAGCAGUUGCAGAGCGGCGAGGUGAACCUCAACGAGAUUUCUGCCAAGUUGCCCGAGAUGAUGCAGGAGAAGAACCUGCCGACAGCAGGCCCUUGGCCCCAAGCGCCCCAGGCCCAGGGCAACGGCGCCAACCGCGGCUCCUCACCCGGACGGCGCUUUGGGAAAGGUGCCCCGCGGGACCGCCGGUCCCCGGAGCGGAUGGGCAGCGCGGCGCGGCGGGGGUCCCGGGAACGGCGCUCCGCGUCCCCGCAGGUCUUUGGAAGGCGAAAUGGGAAGGGCGAGGGCAAGGGCUCCAAGGGCUUCUCCAUGCCGUCCAUGCCCUCCGGGCAGUCCAUGCAGUGGCAGCAGGCGCUCCCGGAUGGGAACUCCGCCUCUGUGUACCUCAUCGCGGACGCAGGGAACCUGCAGCAGGCUGCAGGCCAGCUGAACUACCUGGGCCAGGGCGCCAUCAUCGUGAUGGACUGCCACGGCUCGAACCUGCGCGCGGCCGCGGGCAAGCUGUGCUUGCUCACCAUUGCCUUCAGCGACCGCAACGGCCUGCAGGUCUUCAUCUUCGACGUGUUGCAGUUGGGCGAGCAGCUGUACACCUUGACGCCCUUCUUCACCAACCCCAACGCCUCCAAGAUCACCGCCGACGCUUCCACCCAUGCCACCGUGCUGGCCCAUAAGUUCGGCAUCAACCUCACCGGGGUGAUCGACGCGCAGUGGGCCUACGAGACCUUGCAGAAGCGCGCCAUGGUGAGCCCCAUCGAGAUCCUGGACUGGUGCGGCCUGGCGCCCCCGGACUUUAAGGAUGCGGCCGUGAGGAUGGAGCGCUCCCCGGAUCUCUGGGGCCAGCGGCCGCUGGCGCAGCAGAGUUUGUCCCACGCGGCGCAGUCCAUUUGUCUGCUGCAUGCCGCGGGCUCCGUGAUGUGGCGGCGCCUGGCGCAGGCCUUCGGGCACACCGUCUUCAACAUGGUGGCCAACGCCAGCCGCCAGCGUGCGGAGAUGGCGGCCGCGGCGGGCUGGGCGUGCCGCAACGCCGGGCUCUUCACGGAGGACCUCAAGGACAAGGACUCCGAGCUGGAUGACUGGCUGGCGCGGCGCUUCGGCCGGGAGCCCCCGCCGGGCCCCGCGCCCGGCGCGCCCGGCGCGCCCGGCGCCGGCCCCGGCACGGGGGCGGCCUUCCGCGCCCGCUCGGCGGAGCGGCCCAAGCUGCCGCUGGGCGAGUUCGCGCCGCAGACCGCCUUCCGGGACGGGGACUCGCCGCGCACGGCCGCCUGGCGAGCGGUGAUGGCCCAGAUGAAUCCCCCCAGGAUGCAGCCCUCGCGGCAGCGCUCCGCCUCCCCCACGCUGGAGAACUGGCUCUCGCGCCGGGGUACGGAGCGCACGCUCCGCGAGCGCGCGCCUGGGGCGUCGCACCGGGCCUCAUCUUUGCCGUCCAGGGAGAGGGAGAGGGACCAGGACGAAGAGGAACUCUUCCCGCGACCGGUCAAGCCUUUGGAUUUUGAUCUGACGGACCGAAGCAAAAGAUGGGCGGAGAUUGUUGAGGAGGAGCAUCAUGUGGAUCCCAACGAGGAGCCGAACGAGGAAGAGGAAGAGGAAGAGGAAGAGGAGGAGGAGGAGGCUUGGGUGGCCGGCACAUGGAGCUAUCAGACCGGCAGCUCCUACCGCCUCUCCCUCGAGGAUCAUGUGGUGUUCGAGGAGCAGCAUGCCGACGGCCGCGAGGUUCGGGGAGUGCUGCUGCCGGAAGAUGUUUGGCUGGUGGGCCGCUUGAUCUCCGACGGGGACGUGUGGGGCACGCUGAUGCUGCGCCCGGCUGACGGGUUCGAGACCUUGGCCUCCUUCUUCCAACCGCUGGGCACGUCCGGAUGGGUGCGAGCUCUGGCCACUAGGUCCGGGAAGGCCGAGCGCGUCCGCAGCCUCGUGCGUCCCGAGCACUCGCUGUGGGAGUGCGACAGGAUGCCGGCGCUGGCAAAGUCAGGCGCUUCGAAUGAAGGCCUGCUGGAGUACGAGGACCGCUUGGACUUGACGCAGGAGUCCCCUUUGCUGCGGGACUGCGUGCUUCACUCCCUGCGGGCCCGAGUGGCCUACCUGGAGCAAGCCAUGCACGACGAGGGCGAGCGUUCGGUCUCGCGGCUCGGGCUAGGCAGCGAGCGGGGGAAGCCCAAGGUCCGGAGUCUCGCGAGGAGCGUCUGGGGCGACGAUGACCGGGAGGAGCCAGUGCGCAGGCCCGGGAGAGGAAGACGCAAGCAGGACCAAGCGGUCCAGGCGGCGCUGGAGGAGGCGGCCUCCCCGAAUCACGGCGGCGUGUCCAGUGCGCCCACCUCGCCCACCUCGCCCGGCGCGCCGCUGAAAUGCAGUGCCCACCUGCGGGCGAUACUGGAGCGCCAGCAGCGGCGCUGCCUCUUCCUGGCGGACGACGUUGCGAUGCUGGCCGAGGAGUUCGGCAAACUGCAGAGCAAGCCCCUGGCAGCCACCGGCAUGUGGGUCAGUUCCGCUGGCUCCAACGAGUGA